AUGCAGUCAUUCGGCAGUGGAAGCGAGACGGCAUAUAUGAUGCCUAUUCCACCCAGAACACCAGUUGAUUAUGAUGAUGAACUGCGUUCUGUGUCUGUGGCAACACCUCUUCCAGACCUUUUACCGCGAAACUUUGAUGAUAUUAAACGUAUGCGUAAGUUACGAAAAGAUGCUGAGAGUGGACAAAAGUAUGUUCAACCUCGUCAUGAUCUGCCAGCACCAUAUGUGAACGAUGAAGAGUGUGAUGAGUUUGAAGAUGCCACCAUUGACACCACUGUGGAGUACCUUUCACACAUGAAGCGACAACAAAAGUAUGAACUUGAUGGACCAUCAGUGGAAGGAGAAAUAUCUCCAAUCUUUGAUAAUGGUAUGUUGUAUAAGAUUGUUACAGAAGAUGGUUCCUGGUAUUUUUACAAUGAUACUGAAAAGUAUGAGAUGCAUGUUCGUUUUCGCUUUGGAUCCAAAUCUGAACUUCAACCUGGUGAAAGGGUUGAAAUGUUUGUGAGAAGUAAUAAGGAAUUGGAGGCCUCUCUCGUUGUCUAUCCACAUGAAACAUUGCGUCUUAUAUCUGGUAAAGUGAAUGGUUUUAAAUGUAUGGCCAAAGCUGUUGCAUUAAGUGAUAAUAAAAGGAAGGAUAUAUUUUCCAAUGAUAAUGAUGCUAUUGUACAGACUUUAACUCGCAUUGCUGAUGACUUGGGUGUCUCUGUAAAUAAUCUAGAGGAAGGACAAGUCUUGCAGUAUUGUGUAGAGAAGGAAAUACCAUAUGUGGACUGUGACUUUCGCCCAUGUGAUGAUUCUAUUUACAAUCCAGAUGAGGAUCCAUACAAACUUCGUCCUCUUCCUUGGCGUCGUCCGGAUGGUUAUAUUCCAAGUGAUCAACUUGCUGAAAUACGUCUCUUUCGGCGUACUAUUUUACCAUCGCAGGUUAUUCAAGGUGAUCUUGGGGACAGUUACCUUAUUUCUGCAAUGGCUUGUCUUGCUGAAUCACCUAAACGUGUACACGAUCUCUUUCGUCAUCCUGUCAGUGCAGCACAUGGUAAAAUUGAACGAUCCCUUGGGGCUUAUUGGGUAACGAUCAAUUAUAAUGGUUGGUGGUGUCCAGUACUUUUGGAUGAUUUUCUUCCAGCAUUUCAUGAAGGUCCUGAAUUUGCACGCUGUGCUAUUGAUCUACGUCGUAUGUGGGUUGGACUUCUUGAAAAAGCCUAUGCGAAGAUUCAUCAUUCUUAUUCCAAUAUUGCUAGUGGUGAUCCACUUGAACCACUACAAGAUUUCACUGGAUUUCCUAUUACCCGAUUUGAUCCUGAUUGGGCGGAUGCUGUGAAUGGUGAUGAUGCUCUCUUUAAGCGCCUUAUUAUGUACAAUAAGAAGGGUUUUCUCACGAUGCUGUACACUCCCCGUAGUGAGACGAAUCCCGCCACUGCCUCUACCUCUGCCUUGACGACUACGGAGCAGACGGAGCUUGAGGAGAAGUACAAAUCCCUUGGACUUCAGCUGCACUGCGGGUAUUGUGUGCUGCGGACGCAGUAUGUGGAGGACCUCGAUCUCUGCCUGGUGCAGCUGCGCAACCCGUGGGGGACCGGCGAGGAGUGGGACGGGGCGUGGGGGAAGCGCGACAAGCGGUGGGAGAAGUACCCGUCGGUGCGGGCCGCGUGUUUCCCCGACGGCGGCGACCCGACGGAGGCCGACCGCACCUUUUGGAUGGCGUGGCCGGACGUCGUCAACACAUUCGCCGGCGGCGGUGUCUGCCACGUGAGGAACGGCUGGUACGACUACCGCGUGCGGGGGGAAUUCACCGACGGCCAUCCCACCGUCGCGCUGGAGAUCAACGUGGCCGACACCAUCAACGCGUACAUUGUCCUCUCGCAGGAGGACGAGCGGGAUGAUCCGGAGGUGGAGUACGCCGCCAUGCUCAUCAGCGUCUCCAAACACAAUGGGAAGAAUGAAAAGAUGGACUGCACCAGUAAUGUGGAUGUCGAACAGCCAGAUCGGCAGCUUAAGUUUAACUUUGCAAGAGAUGUCGCCCUCCGGUACACGUUUGAACCAGAAGGAAAUCCAUACUUUGUCGUCCCACGGGUUCACGACUCCGGUAUUUCCAUGCCCUACGUUAUUGGACUCCUACUCGACACCUACGUUGGUAAUGGUAUUAAGGUGGAGUUUAAGACAAUUGAUAAGAGCUGCAAACUAUUCCAAAAUAUGCCAAGUUUUUCUGUAAAGGACAUGACAAAGGAUAUCUCUACAGAGUACCAAAUACGCAACCCACGUCAACCCACAGAGAGCAUGGGGACAGAAUUAAAGGAUGAACGUCUACGGGAAUUUGGUCUCUAUGAGGAAUAG